AUGGCUAUCUCUAAGGUUCACGCUAGAUCCGUCUACGACUCUCGUGGUAACCCAACUGUCGAAGUUGAAAUCACCACCGAACAGGGUCUAUUCAGAUCGAUUGUUCCAUCGGGAGCUUCCACCGGUGCCCACGAGGCCAACGAAAUGCGUGACGGUGACAAGUCCAAGUGGAUGGGUAAGGGUGUUCUGAACGCCGUUGCCAACGUCAACAACGUCAUCGCCCCAGCUUUGAUCAAGGCCAACGUUGACGUCAAGGACCAGUCCUCCGUUGACGAGCUAUUGUUGUCUCUAGACGGUACCGCCAACAAGACCAAGUUGGGUGCCAACGCCAUCUUGGGUGUCUCCAUGGCCGCUGCCAAGGCCGCCGCUGCUGAAAAGAACGUUCCUUUGUACAAGCACUUGGUGGACAUCUCUGGUGCCAAGUCCCAGCCAUUCGUUUUGCCAGUUCCUUUCUUGAACGUCUUGAACGGUGGUUCCCACGCUGGUGGUGCUUUGGCCAUUCAGGAAUUCAUGAUUGCCCCAACCGGUGCCAGCUCUUUCGCUGAGGCUCUAAGAUUGGGUUCCGAAGUCUACCACAACUUGAAGUCUUUGACCAAGAAGAGAUACGGUCCUUCUGCCGGUAACGUCGGUGACGAAGGUGGUGUUGCUCCAAACAUUCAAACCGCCGACGAGGCUCUAGACUUGAUUGUCGACGCCAUCAAGGCCGCUGGCCACGAUGGUAAGGUCCAGAUCGCUUUGGACGCUGCCUCCUCUGAAUUCUACAAGGACGGUAAGUACGACUUGGACUUCAAGAACCCAGAAUCCGACAAGUCCAAGUGGUUGUCCGGUGUUGAAUUGGCUGACUUGUACGCCUCUUUGGUCAAGAAGUACCCAAUUGUUUCCAUCGAGGAUCCAUUUGCCGAAGAUGACUGGGAGGCCUGGUCUCACUACUUCAAGACCGCCGGUAUCCAGAUUGUUGCCGACGACUUGACUGUCACCAACCCUCUAAGAAUCAAGACCGCCAUCGAGAAGAAGGCUGCCGACGCUUUGUUGUUGAAGGUCAACCAAAUUGGUACUUUGACCGAAUCCAUCAAGGCUGCCAACGACUCCUUCGCCGCUGGCUGGGGUGUCAUGGUUUCUCACAGAUCCGGUGAGACCGAAGACACUUUCAUUGCCGACUUGGUUGUUGGUUUGAGAACUGGUCAAAUCAAGACCGGUGCUCCAGCGAGAUCCGAAAGAUUGGCCAAGUUGAACCAAUUGUUGAGAAUCGAAGAAGAAUUGGGCUCCAAGGCUGUCUUUGCUGGUAAGAACUUCCACAGCGGUCAAAACUUGUAA